CCUCAUAUACCCCCCAGGAAGUCAUUCUUGGUCAAGUCGUCCACGGCCAUCGGGUCCUAUGACCUCCCAUCCUUACAGGUGGAUUCAUACAACCAAGAGGAAAACGCAUCAACAGUAAUGAUGAUGCCAGAAGGAAAAUUGCCCAUUUCUCAAAUGCUUCUUUGACAGUGUUAACGAUUUUUGAAUUGUGUUUGAUAGAAUUAUAGGGACAAUGGAAGCCCAUGUAAUAGCCAGACACCAAGGGCUACAAGGUCAAGGAGCCAGUCUCCCUUUCGGCCAAACUUUGGGACUGCUAGUGACCGACGGCCUCAGAUGUCAGAGCCCCAGGUGAGUAGUAGCCAAGUGAGAUCAAAUACAGGACAGCACUAACCUCUUCCCCAGGCUCAAUUGCUAUGACAGCACUAAAAGGUAUGAUUUAUAGACAUGAAGAAUUGCACCUUAGACCUGGGUUUCAAAACUCUGGUUGGUCACAAUAGCUACAUUAUCAUUUCAUUAAUCCUAAUCGGCUGUAACAGUAAAGUACUUAUUAUUCAUGUAAUAAUAAUAACAAUGAUAAUUUGGGGGGGGGGGGGGGGUUCUUAUAUUUGUCCUGAUACACAAAAGUGUGUAAUGGAAAUGUAUAAUUUUUUUGGCAUAUCCCAUCUUCCCCUGAGACCCGCAAGGGAGUGGGGUCACCAUUGUACAGCGCCCCUGGAGCAAUUAGGGUUUAGUGCCUUGCUCAAAGGCACUGCGACAGAUUUUUUUGUUGGCUCCGGUAUUCAAACCAGCAACCUUUCAGUUACUGGCCCAACGCUCUAUGACACCACAACAGUCUAUAUAACGUUUAACUACACAUAAUCGUGACUUUGUGAUUUGUAUCUCAGCUAAGUCUAACAGGAAGAAGCCAAUCUGUGUACCAAAUCAAGACUCAGCCGACAUUACCCCGGUGUAUGUCCCACUCAGAGCCCCUGGACAAGAGACAGAACCCAGGCCUCCCAGGCCUCUCCCCAAGCUACGGCAAUGUGAUGGAUACCCAGGUGAGUCGACAACACUCUCUCUUCUCUUGUGUUUCAUUAUAUCUAGGUUCUUCUAAUCAGUUUUCCUGUCAGAACCAGCAUAGGAGAUGCACGCACUGCUGUGCAGAGGCUGGGGCCUCUUCCUCUUUUCCCCCCUCUCAUUCUUCCCUUUCUAGUCUCUCUCACUGUCUUUUGCAGUUAAUGUUCCAAUUAUUGUUGCUAAAUGAUUAAUGAACUGUUUUGACAGACCUCCAACCAGACUGGCUCCCCAACGGACUAUCAGAGCCCCCGUCCUGUUCGCUGCCCUCCAGUUCCUCCCAAGACUUAUGGCACUCUUCUGAGCCCCUCUCCAACUGCAAGCGGGGACUAUGACAAUGUUGAUAGAUCUAAACUCGGAAUGACUGAGAAGGUAAACCAAGAGAACCACUGAAUAAGCCAGCAUAUAGUGUAUACAGUAAGAUAGGUUGAAUAAAACAAAUCAACCCUCUACUUUUCUCUGUGGUUUAACACAGGCCUUAGACAUGUAUGGCAAAAAUAAGCCCUCCCCUCCUCCUCUCCCAUGUCCUGUGAGACCCCCUCGGUCCCCCAUGAUAUCCUGCUCCUCUUCAGCCUCUUCAGAGUAUGAGAGGACGCUACCUGGAAUGCACCUACUACAACCUCAGGUGAGAGAGAGUUGUUCAUAUUCAUUGCAAUUAAGAAAAGACCUCAACAUUCACUGUUUAAUCAGUAUAACUUUAGUUUCUGUCAAUAAGAUAUCUUUGCUUUCUUUGUAUUGGUAUAGGAUUCCAUCGAACGAAAGUGCAGUCAGUCCCAUCGCCCUGUUCGACCCCCAGCCCCACCCAAAUCUAAACUCCUAUCCUUGUAUGGGGGCUAUGACGUCAAAAGAGCCCAGAGUCCGAGGGUAAGCACCACUCAAUAUCAGCAUCACUCUGGAGUUACUUUUUAGGCCCUUGUAUCAAGUCACUACUAACAUCGCCUCUGGGGUUUUUCAUGUUCAACAGCCCUCAGACACAGACAAUGAGAGGUCGCCUCACCCUUCACGGCCCCCACCACGGCCGGGAGGGCCCCCCUCCCACACCCUGUCCCAUUCCCCCUCAGGAAUUGAAACAACAGCCACACAACUUCAACCACUGCUGCAGGUGAGAGCCGUACAUACCCGUCCCCAACUGGGGCUGACAGAAGCACAAACACAGCUCACGACUAUACAUACACACAUGGUGCCGUUCAAAGGAUAUAGUAUAACAUUUAUUUACUGUGUAUGCUUUCAUUGCUUUCAUCUGAGGUGAAACGGAUGCUGUAUGUGUGUGAUAAGAGACAGGGAAGUGUUCAGUGAAAUGUAACUCUAUUUAUGUUCCUUACUUCCUGAAACUCAAAAGUCCCCUUAUGGUUAUGAAAUGUACUUGUGUCUUGUUGAUUUGUUGUUAUUGUUCACGUGGAAACAUUUGUUUUUGGAACACUUCACUUGUGACAUUUCAUAAGUGAAAUCAUGUGCAAGUGAAAACGUGUUUUUAGAACAUUUCACAUGAGAUCACAUUUUCACAUGUGCUUACAUGUUGUCACGUGUUUAGUUUCAUGUUAUUACAUGUCGCUUUACAUGUUGUCACAUUAACUUAACUUAAACACAUGUGAUCACGUGAAAUUCAUGUGGUUUUUCCGUAAGGGGUGAGGACCAAGUUAGGAUGUUCUCAAGACAUUUGUUUUACCAGUCGUCAGGACGUGACGUGAUGGUCCCAAACCAUUAUAAUAAAGUAAUGGUGGUUUUAAAGUAAGUGGUACGCUGUUCAGCUGAAAUAGGAUCCCACAUGGGAUUUGAACUCACAACCUCUAGAUUUGAGGUGCGCUGAUCUUUCUGCUGCGCCACAAAGUCUUUAGCAUUACCCUUCACAUUCAUUACCUAUAAUACCUCUCUGCACUUAGCAAAAGAGUGCCAUUGUCAAAGUGCGACGUGAAUGCGGUAGGCGAAGUCAAACGCAGGACACCGAGCUACUGGAAACGUACUUUUACUAACAAAGUAACCAGAGUACAAAACAACCUCCAAACAGGGAGGAGAAUACCUGCACAAUAGCAACUGCCGAAAAUGACGAGAACAAUCACACACAACACACAAUGAACGACAGAGGGUUAUAUAGGGAAUACAAUACAACAUAAUAGGAAACAGGUGUACACAAUCAAGACAAAACAAGUCAAACACAGAAACAUAGAUCGGUGGCAGCUAGUACUCCGGGGACGACGAACGCCGAAGCCUGCCCGAGCAAGGAGGAGGAGCAGCCUCGGCUGAUUCCGUGACAGCCAUCUGCACUGCUAUUUUAGGUUAUCAGUUAAUCUGACUAUUCUCUCAUCAUUGAUUUCAUUUAUUUAUCUCAACAAUUUGAGGGUUUUCUGUAUAGUUGUCUAAUGUUGGUGGGGCAUAUUAUUCUGUUUUAAUGUUACUCCUGAAUCAUUAUGAUAAAUAUAAUCGUUUUUAUUGAGUGUAUUAUACAAAGCUGAGAUUUACUUAGAAAUCCAAAGUGUAGGAAUACAGGUGAAAUAAGUUAUUGACACAGACGUGGUGGAGUAGCAGGAAGAUCAGAAUGAUGUGAACUAAGAGGUUAUGAGUUCAAAUCCCAGGUGAGGACAUGCUGAAUAAUAAUUACAGAAAAAUAUUAAAUUGCAUGCACUCAGUACUGUAAGUUGCUCUGGAUAAAAGUGACUGCCAAAUGACUAAAAUGUAAAUUAACAUACACAAUGUGUGUCAAAGAUGUAAGUUGAAAACUAUGUUAAAAGCACUCUGUGUGUAUCAUAAUGAUUCAUGUUUGUUUUCACAAAAAUGAGAUUUUCCACAUGUGAAAUCAUGUGGUUUUUCCGUAAGGGAAGGCUAUGAUACUGUGUCAGAUAUUGAAGUUGCAGCAAUAGAGUUGCUUGUGUCUGUAAAACAAAACAAAAUUCAUUCCAUAGCCCACCAACGCAAAAGGAAGCUCUCUGCCUGCUCUUCCUCAACUCCCACCCCCACCCUCGUUCACCCCCCCACCACCACCUGUAAAUAGACCAUCCCUGUCGUAUCGACCUACCACCAUCUUCCACUCAGAGUCAGUCUACAGCGAGAUCAGCGAGGUUCAGGACCAAUUACCUUAUCUGGAAGUACUGCCUGAUGAGAACACAUUCCAGGUGGGACACACACACACACACACACAAACUCACACAUUCAAGCAUGCACACACACACACAACACAAAUGCAUGAACACACUUGCGUGCCACUGAGUUUAAAAAAACAAAUUACCAAUGGUUUUUGAAUCUCUAUCAUUUCAGUUCAAACCAUCUAGCAGAGUCUACAAAACACAGGCAGCACCACCGUUCCAACCUGGUCAACGUUAUCAGAACUGUGGAUUCAAUAAGGAAACAGAGGUACAGAGUGAUGUCUGAUAUGAUUGAUUUGUAUUGUAAGGAUUGGGGGAAUUUUGUCUCCUUAUUUUUUCCCGGUGUAUGUAGUUUGUCCUAUACUCAGUGCCUAAGCCAGAGCCAGGCUUCACAUGAGGUUUUCCCUCUUUCUGUUGCUGUUCACCUGCAUUAUUAGAUUAUCCAUCAGUUCAAUUUGAUCUAAAAACCUAUUUGUACCUAUUUUUGUUUUUCAGCAGGAAUUUGAAAAUCUAAUGAGAUGGAUGAAGACAGUGGGAUGUGAGGUACACAUUAUUACGACAGAUGUAUAUCGUAUUAUUUGACACUACAUUACAUUGUAUUUAAUUCAUUUUUAAUGAUGAAAGACCGUGCAACUGUUCUUCUGUAAUUGUUGUACUGCUCUCAGCUGUUAUGAUUCAAUAGAUGACCAUUGAUUACUGAGGGAUAAUAUACUUGGUUUGUAUUUGUGUAUGUGUUUCUCUUUCAGGCUGGGAAAACAUGCCUCCUUCAUUGUAUGGCCUCAGUCUAGAGGAUGAAACCAGGUGAGACCUGACUAACCUCUUACUGUACACAUGUGGUUAAUACACAAUUUCAAGGAUAGAGCUUUGAUCUUACAACUUAUACAGGCAUGCAUACCAUUUAAUCAGUACCCUGUCUCUUAUUGAAUCUGUCUUUCCAUCCCACCAGGGAGUUCAGCCAGAGGUGCCUCCAUGUGAAAAAUGGCCUCCAUCUGUUCAACUGCCUGCUAAUGAAGCGUAACGAUACCCUGCGAGGCCACAUCACAGAGCUCAACGACCUCGCCGAGAAGCUGGACAAAGUACAGAAAACCAAAACCAUGGGCAUCGCAGGGGGCACCACGGGCGCCGUGGGAGGGGCGGUGGCUGUUGUGGGCAUUGUCCUCGCCCCCAUGACCAUGGGUGCCUCCCUCAUAGCCACGGCAGUUGGGGCGGGCAUGGUGGCUUCAGGUAGUGGGAUGGGAAUCAAAGCGGCCAUGGACAACAACAAACGCAACUCUGUGGACAGGAAGAGGCUGGAGGAGGUGGUGCAGAAGUACAAAGCCGAGAUAGCAGACGUGGUGUGGUCUCUUUGCUUCAUCCACAGUGGGAUGGCUGAGCUGAGGCAGUACAACCUCCACAGGCUCCAGCAUGCUGAUCCUGAGGCCCUGCGGAUAGCCAGGGUGGCAGGGGCAGUGCAUCCUGGGUGUAAUAAGUCCCAACAGUUGGGCAUGAAGUCUGAGAUGAUCCUGCAAGGGUUUGCCAGAGACAUGGACCUGUAUUAUACUGACAAGGAUGGCCAGAGGCUGAAAAAGGGCUCUGAGACUAAGUUUGCCACCAGGAUCCGUGGUGUGACCCAGGAGCUACAGGAGGAGCUCAAUGAACUGCACCAAGUGUGGCAGACUUUCUCACUAGCGGCCAGUAGAUUUUGA